CAAGAUCAGUAGGCAGUUCUUGUGAUGUCCAAAUUGUAGCGAAAAGUAUUCGGAUUUUUCCCGUUUGUGUGUUUUGGUGCGGAAAUGACGGAACUGCUAAAGGAAGGCAGUGCCAACGAGGAUCAGCGUCGCAAGAUGGCCGGAGCAACACUUUUCGAGCGUGCACAGGCGCUGUCCAGCGUGAAUCGCGAGGAGCAGGACAGUUCGCUGCUGAACAAGCUGGUCCGCGACCAGGAGGGCGCCGAGAACGAUGAGGAGCGCAUCCGGAUCAAGGAGCAGGGCAUCCUGCAGCAGGGAGAGCUCUACAAGCAGGAGGGCAAGGCCAAGGAACUGGCCGAUCUCAUCAAGGUGACGCGCCCGUUCCUCAGCUCGAUCAGCAAGGCCAAGGCGGCAAAGCUGGUGCGUUCGCUAGUGGACAUGUUCCUCGACAUGGACGCGGGCACAGGCAUUGAGGUUCAACUGUGUAAAGACUGCAUUGAGUGGGCCAAACAGGAGAAGCGCACUUUCCUUCGCCAAUCGCUGGAGGCUCGUCUGAUUGCCUUAUAUUUCGAUACUGCUCUGUAUACGGAGGCCCUGGCUCUGGGCGCCCAACUUCUGCGGGAGCUGAAGAAGCUGGACGACAAGAAUCUUCUGGUCGAGGUCCAGCUGCUGGAGAGCAAAACCUACCACGCACUGAGCAACCUGCCCAAAGCAAGGGCCGCCCUCACCUCGGCACGCACCACGGCGAAUGCCAUCUACUGCCCGCCAAAGGUUCAGGGCGCCCUGGAUCUGCAGUCGGGCAUCCUGCAUGCGGCCGAUGAGCGCGACUUCAAGACCGCCUUCUCCUAUUUCUACGAGGCCUUCGAAGGAUUCGACAGCGUGGACAGCGUCAAGGCCCUGACCUCGCUGAAAUACAUGUUGCUGUGCAAGAUCAUGUUGGGACAGUCCGAUGAUGUCAACCAGAUCGUCAGCGGAAAAUUGGCCAUUACCUAUUCGGGCCGCGACGUAGAUGCCAUGAAAUCGGUGGCGGAGGCUUCACACAAACGUUCCCUGGCCGACUUCCAAGCUGCGCUGAAGGAGUACAAAAAGGAACUGGCCGAAGAUGUGAUCGUACAAGCGCAUCUGGGCACGUUAUACGACACCAUGCUGGAGCAGAAUUUGUGUCGCAUCAUUGAACCCUACUCCCGUGUGCAGGUCGCCCAUGUUGCUGAGAGCAUCCAGCUUCCCAUGCCGCAGGUGGAAAAGAAGCUGUCCCAAAUGAUUCUGGACAAGAAGUUUAGCGGCAUUCUGGAUCAGGGAGAAGGAGUUCUCAUUGUUUUCGAGGAGACGCCCGUGGACAAGACCUAUGAACGCGUGCUAGAAACCAUCCAGAGCAUGGGCAAAGUGGUGGACACACUUUAUCAGAAGGCCAAGAAGUUGUCGUAAGCGCUGCGCAGAUGCCACUAUUCAAUUCAAACAUGAUAUCAGCAUACUUAGCAGACUUUUCAUAGUUUCCUUUUGUAUUUUCCAACCUCUCCCAAGCCUUGUUCGAGCCAAACAAGUUUUAUGUUUCUGCAAAAACAAAAUUAAACCGACAUUGGUGAAAAUAGUAACAGGUGCAGCAACAACAGCCACAAAAAAGUAAAACAAAAUCCAUUAAACUAACUUAAGCAAAAUUAUUAAUCAUUGAGUGGGAUCGAAUUGUUUACGCAAGUGCGGUAUAAUAAGCAAAAUAUUCAAUUAACUACAUAAUAAAAUGAAAAAAACGGAAAACCGUAACCAACAAA